AUGUCUGAGUGGAUAUCUGUGAGUCGGCACAAGAGAUCCGGUGACAUCUUCGGAGGUGCCAAAGGCCUGAAAGACGGGCCUGCCGAAGCUGAUGAUAGGAGAUCAAUCGAGGAUUUCGUCGCCAUCGCCAGAGGAGCUAAAAGUCCACUGAAAGCUCUCUACGGAGCUUCAUGGUUCAUAUCGCUGUCCCAGACAGAGCUAUCGGUUGAGGAUCUCCCAAGCUUCCUGAAUAUCCUCGAUAGUGUUCUCGAGCGAACUCAACCCUCGAAUGAGCUUUCUGAGUUUCUCGUGCAGUCCUUGGUGCACAAGGAACCGAAGUCCGCACUUGAAAAACUACUGGAGGUUGAAUGCUACGAUCCGGCCAAUCUGAUCGCCAUGUGUCGAUACCUCGAGCUUGUCAAAGACUUCCUAGAAAACUUCGAGCUCUGCGACUUCGAGGAACUAUCCAUCGGCGGCUAUCCGAGCGGCCGCAAACCUCCGGAAGAUUUCCGUUCGAUACCAAGCUUCCCCCGGAGUCAGGAUGUUUACGGAGAUCUUCCUUUCCUGCGACCGAAUAUCAUCAAAGGACCUUACGAGGAUCUGAAUGCCUACUUGGACAUCCAUUAUCGCCUCCUUCGAGAGGAGUAUAUCGACGCUCUGAGGAAUGGCAUUCGGAAUCUCCGUAAAAACGAGUUCACCCACGAUUUGGUGAGAUUUCAAGGGAAAAAGAUAAGAAUCCAUGGUUCCGUGGACGAGUUCGGAACGAGCACCUUCCGCCUGACCGCCAAUCUUGGACAUGUCCGUGACUUCAAGCAGGGAGUGUUGGUGGCCAUCCCGAGACAUGGACUCGACGACUUGAUCUAUGCGAUUUGUCUCAGAAACGAAAAUGGUCAAGUCAAACUGGAGUUCUGCAAUGCGAAGGAGAUCCUGUCCGUGGAGGUGGAGAAACCCCAUCAGAUGCUCGUUCUGAAAUCGGCCUACUAUGGAGCGUUCCGAUACAGCCUGGACGCCCUUAAGAAGAUAACUCACCUUCCGUUUCAAUCGACCAUAGUGUCCGUUCAGCGAGAUGAGCUUCCCCCUUUGCACUGGGUCAAAGCGGAUCGAGGAACCCUGCUGAGGGAGAACCAGGAUAUCUUGAACGAGUCGCAAUUCGAGGCAUUCCGCCAGACGCUAGCUCAGAAAGUCUGCCUCAUACAAGGACCCCCGGGGACCGGCAAGACUUAUGUCGGCUUACGCAUUGUAGAAUCCAUUCUUCGGCACAAGGUGACCGCUUCGCCGAUCUUGGUGGUUUGCUACACGAACCACGCGCUCGAUCAAUUCCUCGAAGGAAUGCUGAAGUUCACCCGAUCCCUGGUCCGAAUCGGGGGCCGGAGCAAAUCAGACCUGUUGGCUCCAGUCAAUUUCGAAAACUUGAAAUCGGAGUCGGACCAGAGGCCGUAUUUGACCAAAGUGGAGUGGCGCCAGAAAUCCGAAAGUCUCAGUCAGAUCGAGUCAUGUCGCAAUCGACUCCGCAACGACGAAACUAUGCUAGCAUUCAUCGAGGGGCGGAGUCUUUUCGACAAAAAAAGCAAGUUCUUCAAGGAUGCUGCGGGCCUCGCCAAAUACACGGGAGAUAUCGCAGAGUUCCUCGAGCUCUACGAGCUCUGUCGGCAAGCCGUAGCUGACAAAAGAUUCCAGGGAAGCAACCCGGUCCCUCAAGGCGACCAUGUGAGGGCAUACAUUAAUGCCAGGAUGUGCAGCGGGGACCUCCGUGAGAAAGUCGUUGAGGAAAGAAUGUGCAAGAGUAUGUCUCUGAACCGGUACGCCUUUUUGAAGGUCACCGAGAAGCUCAUAUACCAAUAUGGUCACAAGGGCAAUAAACCGCGACAUAAAUUGACACUGAACGAGAAAUGGCGGUACUACGCAACCCUACAUUGGCGGACUAUGAUAGAGGAUGAUCGGUCCGGUCUCGAGCAAGAGGACUUGGUUGAUCUCGCAAGAUUCGAAGCGAAACGGCAGAAGUUGAGAGAGCUCUUCGCCGAGAGCCACAAACGUCACGCCGAGCGGCUCGC